AAUUUUAUUUAAGAAACCCUAUAUUAAUUAAUCUCCGUCUGGCAGGAGGGAGUGUUAGAAAACAGAGAGACUCCGGGGAAAAGCGCCGAGAAAGAUUUGGAUGGCAAUGGGUUCUCACAGAUCGAAGCCGCCGCUGCACAAUUUUACGCUGCCCUGUGGUUUGAAGUGGGGCAACCGUAAGUUCCCCAACGGCAAAACCGACGCCGUUCACCGGAGAUCGAAUGGAACGUCGCCGGAGAAGUCGCUCGGCGGACGAAGGCCCGAGGCUGUUUUGGGGUGGCAGAAUCCCGGAUCCGAUGAGCGGAUUCUGAGCAUGGACGUUUUCAAGAAUGGGCGGACGGAGCGCGGCUGGGAAUUCCGGGGGGAAGUCGAAGACGGGAUCGCCGCCGUGAGGGAGAAACUGUUGCUCGAUCUCCAGGCGGCGGCGGAUAAGAUGAAGGAGGCAAUCUUGGGAGCGGGGCUGAAGGACGGAGAGCGGCCGCUUGUGGCGGAGGGUGAGGAACGACCGCCGGUAGCGACGACGGGGUCGGAGACUAUUACGUCAGUGGGUCCAUCGGAAACGGCCAGACCAUGGAACUUGCGGACUCGACGGUCGGGAAAUAAGCAUCUUAACGUAGCCGCCGCCAUCUCCGGCGAAUCGAACUCCGGUUUGAAAGUUGAUGUUGCGUCGCCGGCAACGCCUUAUGGUUCGCCACUUAAGAACAGAAACGAAUCUCUCAGAGUCAUGAGGUCUAGACCUUCCGUCGACCCAACCGCCGCCGCCGACCACUCAACGGCUGCGGCCGCCGACCAAUCCCCGGCAACCGCCUUCGACCACCUCACGGUCUCCUCCGGCGGAGCUUCUUCCGUCGCGUUGAAGCGGGAGAGAGCGAAGUUUUCCGUUUCUCUUACCCGGCGAGAGAUCGAGGAAGAUUUCGUUGCCAUAAUAGGUCGGAAACCCAACCGCCGGCCCAAGAAACGAGCUAAACAUGUUCAGAAAAAUCUGGAUAGCCUAUUUCCUGGAUUGUGGUUAACAGAAAUCAAUGCUGAUAUGUACAAAGUUCCUGGUGAUUAGUAGAAAUAAAGGGCCACUUCUGUAAUUUCUUAUAGCCAUUUGUUCGUUUUGAUCUUGAUGAAGUUUGAUUUUCCUGCAAAUUGGAAACUUGAAUAGAUGAACAUUGAGGUUUGUCUACUUGCAGAGUUGCAGGGCUCACAUGUGCAAAUCCCAAUUUUUAAUCUCUCCCUAAGUCAUUGUUGUUAGCUUGAAGAUAAUUGUUUAGAUCAUAAUGCAAAUAAAGAUGUGAUAUUUACCAACUAUGGCUUGGUGCUGUACCAUUAAUCUUGUGACUUGUGAUGAAGUUGUAUCCAUUAUACGGUAUUGAUCUUUCUUAAUGGUACGGAAACUAAAGACUUUGUGUUGGUGUGUUCACUGUUCAGGCAAAUAUAACUGCGCUACUGAAUGUAAGGAUCUUUUUA